CUUCCACAGGUGUUAUUUCGGUGUUGACUUUCGAGGGCAGCACACCGCCCCCCUUGCCCGCGUCCCGGCGAGUUCCAGCGUGUCCGUGAAAAAAAGUUCCACGAGCGCCUUCCGUUUCAGAAGGAGGCAAGCUCCGCGGUGGUAGCAAGGGAAGGCGGGGGAGGGGAACCGCCGCCACUACUACUAGCACCACCACCACCACCGCGGUGGAGACACCGUGCUCGACGGGAUGUCGGCCGUGAAGGCUCUCCAGCAGUGGUGCCGGGUCCAGUGUGACGGCUACCGGGAUGUGACGGUCAGUAACAUGACUACGUCGUUCCGGGACGGCUUGGCUUUCUGUGCCAUCAUCCACAAACAUAGACCGGAUCUCAUCAAUUUUGACUCCUUGAAGAAAGAAAAUGUGUAUGAGAACAACAACCUGGCCUUUAAGGUCGCCGAGGAGCAGCUCGGAAUUCCCGCACUCUUGGAUGCUGAGGACAUGGUGGCGCUCAAAGUCCCAGACCGCCUGAGUAUCCUCACAUAUGUCUCGCAGUACUACAACUACUUCCACGGACGCUCCCCAAUUGGUGGCGUGGCGGCAGUAAAGCGUCCUGCCGACCCACCCUCGGACGGGCCGUCCGGAAAGAAGAACGCGCCGGUGGUCUCGAAGGUGUUCCCUUCGUUCAAGCCGUCUAAGGAGAACAAUCCUCCCACUUCAUCUAACGUUACACCACCUCUUCCCUGCCCGAGACAACCCAGAACCUCUACACAGGACGUUUCAGCUGAGAAAUCCCAGCAGACGGGAACUCUGAAUAACAAGUGUACGUCCUGCAACAAGCACGUUCACCUGGUGCAGCGACACCUAGUGGACGGGAAGCUCUACCACAGGAACUGUGCAAAGUUACUGGCUCCUCAAAACACAAGUUCACUCUUCAGAGAUGCUCCAUCCAGCGUCCCUCCUACAGCAGGCCUCUCCAUAAGCAACACAGUGACACGCACGGCGCCGCCCAGACUGGGCCCCACAGGGCCGGUCCAGAAACCAAGCCCCCCUUCCAGCAUUUCCAGCAGAUCUUCAUCUCCGCGUCGGCCCGCUUCAAACCUCACCACACCUGCUACGGAGAUUCUAACUGCUCCCGUCUCCAAAGGACCCGUGUCCAAUGACUCCAUCACUAUACCCGCCGGCGUCACCACCAAGCCUGUUGCUGCGCCUCGGACCUCCACCACGGCGGCCAAAACCAUCCAGUCCAAGCUUAAGUUCUUUCAGGCAGAAAGUGAUGAUAACAAACCUGCAAUCAAGACUACAGAUGCCUCCCUAGAAGGGUUUAAGUCUCCUGAUCCUAUCAAGGAAGCCCAAUCUGUGCCUGGAAAUAUUCAGAAUGUGGGUGAAAAUCAGCCUAAAUUGCACAUUGACAAAGACAAAGACAAAGCAGGUGGAAAGAAACAUGAAGACAGUCAGGGUAGUAAUGUUGGAAAUGGAAAUAUUGCUAAUGUGGGUAAAAUUCAGAUGAACAAACUUUUUGACAAAGUCAAAGCAGGUACAAAGAAUCAUGGAGACAGUCAGGGUAGUAACGUUGGAAAUGGAAAUGUUAGUAACGUAGGUAAAAGUCUGUCAAAGGAGCGUUUUGACGAAGGCAAAGCAGGUGCAAAGAAAGAUGGCGACAGUAAGGGUAGUAGUGUUGGAAAUGGAAAUGUUGCUAACCUGGGUAAAAGCCAGUGGAAGGAGCGUUUUGAUGAAGGCAAAGCAGGUGGAAAGAAACAUGGAGACAGUCAGGGAAGUAAUGUUGGAAAUGGAAAUAUGGCUAACGUGGAUAAAAUUCAGUUGAAGGAACUUUUUGACAAAGUCAAAGCAGGUGCAAAGAAACAUGGAGACAGUCAGGGUAGUAUUGUUGGAAAUGUGGGUAAAAGUCGGUCGAAGGAACGUUUUGAUGAAGGCAAAGCAGGUGCAAAGAAAGAUGGCGAAGGUCAGGGUAGCAGUGUUGGAAAUGAAAAUGUUGCUAACAUUGGUAAAAGUCAGUCAAAGGAGCGUUUUGACAAAGCCAAAGCGGAUGCAAAGAAAAACAAAGUCAGUGAGGGCAAUAAGGCGAAACCGGCGGACACCUCAAAGGAGGACAACAACAACAGUAAGCCAACGCCAAAGUCAGACCCGCCCAAGAAAAGUGACGCCACAUAUCAGGUCCAGACUGUGAAGAAGGAGACAGAGGGGGCUAGGGGGAGGGUGAGGCUCAAAGUCAACCCCUUCAUCCUCUCCGACUUGCAGCCUCCACAUUCGGACAAGAGUCCGCUUAGAACCAGAACUCCAGAAAGAGGCCCUGGGGGCUUGAAACCUGCGCCACCCAACACUUCAGAGAAGGAGACACCCACAGACUGGAGGUCCAUGCUCAAACCUGUCUCCAAAGAAUCAAAAUCUGCUGACUCAUCACAGUCCUCCACUAAAGUACAGACUAACAAUACCGGAGGCUCACAGUUACCAGAGAUGUCGCUAAGGCCUGUGAACCCUCCUUCAGUUCAAGGUGUCUGUAAUGGCCAAAGUAACCCCACAAACACAACAACAACAGGAUCAAAAGUCUUGAAGACAAAGCCAGACUUCAUUCCCCAAGAGAUGAUCCUGAAGGAGCUGAAUGAGAUUGAAGAUAAUCUGAACCGGUUGGAGAAGAGAGGGGUUGUGCUGGAGACCAAGCUGCGCCACAGCGAAGAUGAGGGCGAGGAUGACUCCCUCAUGGACGAGCUGAUGGUGGAGUGGUUCAGCUUGAUCAGGAACAAGCAGCUGGCCAUGCGGCGGGAGUCCGAGCUCGUCUACAUUGGUAAAACCCAGGACCUGGAGGAGCAGCAGCCCAGUGUCGAGCAGGAGCUCCGAAAGCUGAUAGACAAACCAGAACAUCUGAAAACAUCGUUUGAACGCAGACGAGAAGAAGAGCUGAUGAGCAAACUGAUGGAGAUCGUCAACAACCGGAAUGCCAUCGUAGAAGUUCUGGACGAAGACCGGCUCAGAGAGGAAGAGGAGGACCAGGAGCUGAACAAGUUGAUGGAGAAUUUCAGUGUAAAAAAAGACAAGUCAAAGAAAAAGUCUUCCAUAUCCAAACUGUUCACCUGGGGCAGCAAGAAGGAGGCGUGACGCCCGGCGGGAAAAACACCUUUGCUGCACUCCUACGAUGCUUUCGGUGUCACUCCACACGAUCACUGUCUCACUGAACCACUUGAUAUGCGUGUGCGUGUACAGUAUGUUGGUCAGGCAUCUUUCAUCUUAAGUAUUUCUUGAAAUAUUCCCAGCAUGAGGGGUUAAUGACAUACUAGUUUUGAGGGCUUCGGUGCUUCAGUUGUACAUUUUUAAUCCGCUUCCAGUCUUAAUCGGUCUACUUAAUGCGCACGCACACACGCACGCACACACACGCACACUAGUAACGCCACUGCGUCUCUUGCUGCUGACAUGCUUGUUGUAAACUAAUACGAGCGAUGAACAACAUUGGUAUUGCCAUUUCUUGCACUCGUAAGAUGGCUUACGAGCUCAAUUUAAAAAUGUUUACCCCCUGACUUUGACUUUUUUUUUUUUUUUUUUCUCCCCCCCACCCCACUUGGUUAAAAACCUCUGCUUAGUCUGAUGAGAUAUGGACUUGCUGUUGUGAUCCAUAUUGGAUCUGAAUUCAUUUAAAAUGCGUGCUCUGGUGCAUUUUUGUUUGUUUGUGUUGACCGCCUGCUAAGACACAAACAUAUUUAUUGUAUGUUUACCUGUUUCAUAGUAAUGGGAAUAUUAAUACUAAGAUGGAUCUUAAAAGAUGUUUUUAUCAUUAUAUGGUGAAACUGGCCUGUAUAUAUACACUAUGCUUUGAUUUGUAUUAAAAUAAUAUUUUUGA